CGUGGGUCUCUGCCUUUUUCUUUCGGGGCGGGGCCAGGGCCGAGCCAGGGCGCAAGUCUGCGCUUUGGGGAAUCUGGACGCCUGGCAAAGGCCCCCGCUGCCCUCCCCUCCCUGUCCGCGCCCUCGCGCCCCGGCUUCGCGCUUGCGGGGCUUGCUGAGGCCGCUGAGAACUGCUGACGCGCCUCUGGCUGCUUCUCCGCCACACUCUGCCCGCAGACUGUGAGGCAUCGUCCGGAAGUGUGCGCGGCUCUGGGUUGUUUACACCGCGGAGGACUGCGGGUCGCCCACACCCGCGCUCCGUGCUGCCUCGGCAGCCACGCGUCGGCCACAUGCCCGCCUGUGCUUGUGAUUCCCGUGCCUGCUGCCUUGAUUUCCUUCUGACAUCCGAUGGUUUUUGCCUAACCAGGCCUAUGUUUUCCUUCUUCAGGACUGCCACAAGGUAAAAGAAUGUCACAUGUCAGCAUUUGUACCUAAAGUCAGCAUGCAAAUUUCAGGGUACAUGGACGAAUGCCAGCUUUUGCAUUUCCCAUGUGUUUCCUGUGACCAUUCUAUCUGGGUUUCAUUCUGGGAAAUUACAUUGAGGAUAGAGCCUGUUUGUUACCUUAUCCAUGCAUUUUUCUGCUUAUUUAAAUUAUUUUACUUCACCAAGCCAUUCAUUUUUUUAAAGAACAUCCUUCAAAGAGUCCGUGCGUCUUACUGAGGACACCUGACCUUUUGAAGCUUCGUAAUUCCCAUCUAGAUGUCACCAGUCUUUCCCAUGUUAACAGUUCUGACUAUGUUUUAUUAUAUAUGCCUUCGGCGCCGAGCCAGGACAGCUACAAGAGGAGAGAUGAUGAACAGCCAUAGAACCAUAGAAUCAAACAGCCGGACUUCCCCUCUCAAUGCAGAGGUGGUCCAGUAUGCCAAAGAAGUAGUGGAUUUCAGUUCCCAUUAUGGAAGUGAGAAUAGUAUGUCCUAUACUAUGUGGAAUUUGGCUGGUGUACCAAAUGUAUUCCCAAGUUCUGGUGACUUUACUCAGACGGCUGUGUUUCGAACUUAUGGGACAUGGUGGGAUCAGUGUCCUAGUGCUUCCUUGCCAUUCAAGAGGACGCCACCUAAUUUUCAGAGCCAGGACUAUGUGGAACUUACUUUUGAACAACAGGUGUACCCUACAGCUGUUUAUGUUCUAGAAACCUAUCAUCCUGGAGCAGUCAUUAGAAUUCUUGCUUGUUCUGCAAAUCCCUAUUCCCCAAAUCCACCAGCUGAAGUAAGAUGGGAGAUUCUUUGGUCAGAGAGACCUACGAAGGUGAAUGCUUCCCAAGCUCGCCAGUUUAAACCUUGUAUUAAGCAGAUAAAUUUUCCCACAAAUCUUAUACGACUGGAAGUAAAUAGUUCUCUUCUGGAUUAUUACACUGAAUUAGAUGCAGUUGUGCUACAUGGUGUGAAGGACAAGCCAGUGCUUUCUCUCAAGACUUCACUUAUUGACAUGAAUGAUAUAGAAGAUGAUGCCUAUGAAGAAAAGAAUGGCUGUGGAAUGGACAAUCUUAACAAAAAGUUUAGCAGUGCUGUCCUCAGGGAAGGGCCAAAUAAUGGGUAUUUUGAUAAACUACCUUAUGAGCUUAUUCAACUGAUUCUGAAUCAUCUUACACUACCAGACCUGUGUAGAUUAGCACAGACUUGCAAACUACUGAGCCAGCAUUGCUGUGAUCCUCUACAAUACAUCCACCUCAAUCUGCAACCAUACUGGGCAAAACUAAAUGACACCUCUCUGGAAUUUCUCCAGGCUCGAUGCACUCUGGUCCAGUGGCUUAAUUUAUCUUGGACUGGCAAUAGAGGCUUCAUCUCUGUUACAGGAUUUAGCAGGUUUCUGAAGGUUUGUGGAUCUGAAUUAGUACGACUUGAAUUGUCUUGCAGCCACUUUCUUAAUGAAACUUGUUUAGAAGUUAUUUCUGAGAUGUGUCCAAAUUUACAGGCCUUAAAUCUCUCCUCCUGUGACAAGCUACCACCUCAAGCUUUCAACCACAUUUCCAAGUUAUGCAGCCUUAAACGACUUGUUCUCUAUCGAACAAAAGUAGAGCAAACAGCACUGCUCAGCAUUUUGAACUUCUGUUCAGAGCUUCAGCACCUCAGUUUGGGCAGUUGUGUCAUGAUUGAAGACUAUGAUGUGAUAGCUAGCAUGAUAGGAGCCAAGUGUAAAAAACUCCGGACCCUGGAUCUAUGGAGAUGUAAGAAUAUUACUGAGAAUGGAAUAGCAGAACUGGCUUCUGGGUGUCCACUUCUGGAGGAACUUGACCUCGGCUGGUGCCCAACUCUGCAGAGCAGCACUGGGUGCUUCACCAGACUGGCACGCCAGCUCCCAAACUUGCAAAAACUCUUUCUUACAGCUAACAGAUCUGUGUGUGACACAGACAUUGAAGAAUUGGCAUGUAAUUGUACCAGGUUACAGCAGCUGGACAUAUUAGGAACAAGAAUGGUAAGUCCGGCAUCCUUAAGAAAACUCCUGGAAUCUUGUAAAGAUCUUUCCUUACUUGAUGUGUCCUUCUGUUCACAAAUUGAUAACAGAGCUGUGCUAGAACUGAAUGCAAGUUUUCCAAAAGUGUUCAUAAAAAAGAGCUUUACUCAGUGACUUAAUAUACGUUCUGUAAUAAAUUUAAUGUGCUUCGGUGGGGUUUUAUUUUGGGAUUGGUUUUGGGUUUUGUUUUUAGUUGUUUUAAUGGUAAGAAAUAAGACAUUUGUAGGUUUUAAAGAAAAUUAUGAAAUUGUUCAUUAAAUCAAGUAAAAAUGUGCACAAAUAUUUCCAUAUAAUAUUGUAAGCACUUUUCUUCAAGAAUAUGUGAGUGGAUGAUAUUAUUUUUACCUUAUGUUAAUCAGUGAUAUUAUGCUUUAGUAAUUAAUGUGAUUGAUAAAAGAAUAACAUGGAGACAUGCUAACUUAUUUUUGAAGGAACACUGAGCAAUAAAGUAUCAUGGUAUUUAUGCAAAAAAAAGUUAAUUUUUUACUUUGGGAGGCCGAGGUGGGUGGAUCACAAGGUCAAGAGAUCGAGACCAUCCUGGUCAAAGUGGUGAAACCCCGUCUCUACUAAAAAUACAAAAAAUUAGCUGGGCAUGGUGGCGCGUGCCUGUAAUCCCAGCUAUUCAGGAGGCUGAGGCAGGAGAAUUGCCUGAACCCAGGAGGUGGAGGUUGCAGUGAGCCGAGAUCGCGCCAUUGCACUCCAGCCUGGGUAACAAGAGCGAAACUCCAUCUCGGAAAAAAAAAAAAAAGUUAAUUUUUUACACCUCCAUGUAAAGAUCUUAUUCAGCCUGUGACCUGGCAAGUGUUUUAUUUGGUAUGUACAAAAUGGUCAGAGCUAGUUGGAGAAAGAGACAUGCUUUUCCAGCUAUUUGGUUAUUUCUCUAGAUUAACUGUUCAACUGGAAAAUUUGUAGGUUUUCUAGCCAGGUGUGGUGGUGUGUAGUCCUAGCUGCACAGGAGGCGGAGGCAGGAGGAUUACUUGAGAUGGGAUUUUGAGAUGCUAGUGUAUUUAUGAUUGCACCUGUGAACAGCCACUGUACUUCAACCUGGGCAAUGUAGGAGGUCCCUUUCUCUUAAAAAAAUCAAAUUGUAGUGUUUCCACUUUUCUUCUGAUAUAUUUGUCUAUUUCACUACUGGAUAAUACCAAUAUAAAAAUAUGGGUAUAAUCAAGAAUAAGAGGUAAACUACUAAGUAAAAAAGCUUUCCAACUUUUAGAAGCAGAUGCCUUAAUAUUUUGCCAGAGGUAAAGUUUUGAAGUUUCUGAAUUAUAUGUAUAUUUUCCUUAUAUAUUAAAAAAUCAUAAAUGUGGGAAGAUACAUGUAUAUAUAUAAAUUAUACAAAUAAAAUGAUUUUUCCUGUGCUCUGUGACCUUAAAUAUUAGAAAUCAACUCUGGGGGGGGAUACAGGGGGGACAAAAAAUUAAAAACAUACAUUGUUUUGUUAAAAAAUGAAUUCUGCUACUGAGAAAGACAGAUAUUAUUUUGUGGCAUGAAAAGACACAGCUGCUUUGAACAGAAAACUAAUAUUAACUGUGUAGUAUAACAAAAUUCAUUGUCCUACUCAGUGCAAAAUGGUUGUAUUCCAACAUCCACACACCCUAGAGUGAGCCUGUAGAACUGUGUCAGUAUAGUAACCACUAAUAUUAUGUGACUAUUUUAUUAAUUUUAACUGAAUUCAAGUAAAAAUUUAUAUGUACUAGCUACAUGUCAAGUGUUCAGUAGUCACAUGAGGAUAAUGCUUCCUUUGUGUCUGACACUGUUUCUUGUGCUUUGCAUUUACUAAUUUGGUUUUCACACCAACCCUGUGAGAUAAAUGUCAUUACUUAACCCCAUUUACAGAUGAGGAAACUGAGGCAAAGAUAAAAGAAUUUGAAGAAUUUACCCAUGAUUAUAUAACUGCUAGUGGCAGAGCCAGUAUAUAAAUACAGGCCAUCUGGCUUCUGAAGCAGUGCAUUCAGCCUGUGCUUUUAAGUGUCCAGGGUAGCUUCUGGCUCUAUCUAGGGUAGAGAUCAGGAGACUUUUUCUAUAAUGGGACAGAUAGUAAAUAUUUUAGGCUUUGUGGGCUAAGAGGUAAAACUGAGAUUGUUAUGUAGGUACUUAAAUAACUAGAGAGAAAUAAAAUUUGCACAAAAAUUUUAUUGACAAAAUUCAAAACAAUAAUUGAGGACAAUUUUUUUUUGUAAUGCGGGUUUACUAAUGAAAAUAAUUAAAUAUUUGGGGGGGGAUCACAUUUCACUUAACUGAGGCUCAGAGUUAAUGUUUCCUGUCAUCAAAGUUGAUUAUAAUUACUCAUUUGUUAAUGCUGAUCUUCAAUAAGAUUUUAUGUAUUUUACUUUUGAAAAUUUCUUACAGAUAGAUGUCAAAUACUUAUAUUAAUCCAUGAGAAUAUGAUUUUCGUUGAGUGUAUUCAUCACUUGGAAGGUUAUUUCUUGAUAUUUUCCUUUUAGCAUGUUAUUACGUUGCAGCUUAAUCACUUCCAAAGAUUAGGUGGAAGCUCCUCAAUUGUAUUGUUAGAUCAAUUUUUGAAAAGUGGAAAUUUCCUUUGCACUUGCAAACUCCAAAAAACACUGUGGGAACUAUAGUGUGAGCUACAAAUUUGUGUGAGAAUGGAGAUCCUGCUUCUUUGUCUUACCUUUUGAUAGCACAAGAAAUGUGUAAAGCAGCUUGUUGUUACUUGUAAUUCAAACAAUAUUGUCAUCAAAAUGACUUAAAUAUGUUUCACAUGUAAACACUUGUUUUGCCUUGUAAUUUUGGUUGAAUUCAUUUCAAAAUGUUAUUACAUCUUGAGCAAAAGCUAAAUUCCAAAGGCAUUCAGUGUUCCUUAACAGUGGUUGAGGACAUGUCUUCUUUUUCAGAAAAAUGUCAGUAUCAGCCUUGAACUCAAAAGCUCACUAUAGAACUAACACUAAUAUGGCAAUGUGGUUGGGCAAAUCAGAAUUUUCAUCUUCCGUAUCUGACAAAAGAUAACUGAACCAUUGAUGUUUAAUCUGUCAGCAACUAUGGGAGCAAAUGAAGUUCAUUAUUGAUGCCGCUAAUUCAGUAAUACAAAAUGGAGUCAGCUGUAUCCCACAGAGUACCUGCGGAUGAAUAAUAUUCUUAUCUUUUCACAGGCUUUAUAAAUUUGACAAACGUAAUCUUUUUGCUUCACACAUUUUUAACACCACCAGUUAUAACACAUCUUAGUAGAUUCUACUUCAGGUUGCAUGAAAUUUGUGUUUUCUUCUUAGAAAAUAUUUAUGCUUGUAAUUGUUCCACACAGAUAAUUUAUAGACACUAAUUUCAGUCACUUCAACAUUGGCAUGGACUUAUCAAAUAAGCAGUAAAGGCAGUAUCAGUAAUAUCUGUUUACUCACCAAGAGCCAAGGAAAACCACUCAGGGUCAUUUGCCUUGUUUUUUUUUUUACUGACUGGUAAUGUUGUUCCCAAUGUUCUCAAUUUAAGCAACCAUUCUUGCCAAAAGGCUAAUUUAGUAGUCUUCAUCAAGUUUCCUAUGGACAGAUUUCUUCAGCUGAUACAGUCAAACACAAUUUAGUCAUUAUUGGUUGAAUGUUAACUGAGUCACUUUGGCUACAGCUUUAUUUUCAUAUUUGAUUUUUAUAAAUUUUGUAAUAAGAUCUUAUUUUAAAUGUUCUAGUUUUUCUGACAAUUACAUUGAUGAGUGCUUAGUCUGGUAAUUCCAGCAUAUAUAGUAUUUUUUUUUUUUAUUUUUUGAGACAGAGUCUCAUUCUGUUGCUUCGGCUGGAGUGCAUUGGCAUGAUCUCAGUGCACCGCAUCCUCUGCGCUCCGGGUUCAAGUGAUUCUCCCACCUCAGCCUCCCAAGUAGCUGAGAUUACAGUCACACGCAUCAAUGCCUGACUAAUUUUUGUGUUCUUAGUAGAGAUGGGGUUUCACCGUGUUGUCCAGGCUGGUCUUGAACUCCUGACCUCAAGUGAUCCACCCACCACGGCCUCCCAAAGUGCUAGGGUUACAGGCAUGAGCCACUGCAGCUGGGCACCCUGUAGUAUUCUUUAAGAACAGCUAUAGUGACAUUGCGUAUUAAACAUCAUACUCUGACAUUUAAUUUGAUUUUUAAAAAAUCCAUAUACUACUGUGCCUUUAAAAUGUCACUUUAAGUCUACUUUUCUUUUUUUCUCUUGUUUUGAUGUUAUAGAUAAACACUAGUAAUAAAAGGUUUAAAAAUAUUGUGGUAUGACAAUAUGUGUGGCACUCAAAAUGCUGGUAACUGUAUUACUGCAAUUUGUAGUGUGCCAAGUAGCAGUGCAAAAUGAUGACAGCACCACAUAAGUCUCUGUUGCAAGUAUUCAACUCUGCCAUUGUAAUUUGAAAGCAAUCAUAGACAAUACCUAAAUGAAUGGGUGCGACCAUGUUCCAGUAAAAUUUUAUUUAUGAGCACUGAAAGUUGAAUUUCACUUAACUUUCAUGUGUUACAAAAUACUACUGUUAGCCAUUAGACUAACAAAUUUGUAACCCCUACUCCAGAGUAUUCUCGAGUCAGUUAAUCCAUGUUUUCUUAUUCUUAAUUUUAUAAGCCACAUUCAAACCUGUUCUCAGCUGUUACCUUUCUUAUUUUGCCAUUUAGAUUUAAAAAUGAAGAACAGUGUUUUGUUAGAAAAGACAGUGUUUACUAUAACAAGAUAGAUAUGUAGACAAGAAAGAUAUUUAUGUAGACUCUCUGUUCAUUAAAUUUUGAAGCCAGAUGAUGCAUUGUUAGCUUUGACAACUGACUUAAAUUUUUGUGUAAUUAUUUAUCUUCGCAUUUUGCUCAGGUAAAUUAUCUUCCCAGAGUCUAGAAAUAAAGAUAUCCCUGAUCCUGUUUGAGAGCAGAGUUAAAUGAUCCUCUCAGUGUAAAUUGCUUUGAAAUAAGAUCUUCAAAAUAAAAAAUACAGGCAAUUAAUGUUCAGGUGCUUAGUUUUGAACCAAUAUGUAGCAAAGAAAAAGUAAUUUCUCUGUGUCAGCAUUUUUAUUUUUUGGCAUUUCCUAGGAAUUAACUGAAGAUUAAAAACUCGUUAAGUGCAAGUGUAUUGACACGAACCAAAGAGUCAGUAAAAAUUACAUUUGCCUACUAUGUGUGUGUGUAUCACAUAUUUGAGACAGGGUCUUAACUGUUGCCCAGGCUGGAGUGCAGUGGCAUGAUCUCAGCUUAUUGCAGCCUCAAUCUUCCAGGCUCAAGCGAUCCUCCCACCUCAGCCUCCCAGGUACCUGGGACUACAGGUACUAUCACGCCUGGCUAAUUUUUCAUUUGUCAUGGAGACACAGUUUUGCCAUGUUGCCUAUGUUGGUCUUGAACUCCUGGGCUCAAGUGAUCUUCCCACCUUGGCCUUCCAAAGUGUGGGAUUACGGGUGUAAGCCUCUACGUCUGGCCCAUAUAUGUUAAUAGUGAAUGUUCGGAUUUUCAUCUGUUACUUUCAGCUAUUAAAGGAUACCUAUAACAGACACAGUAAUUUGCAUUUUUUAAGUCAUUUAUGACACAUUUAUCAGUGUUAGUCUGCUUUUCUCCUUUGUACAUUUGAUAUUGAUACUUCAGAGAAACUUUUUAACUACCCUUAAAAUCUUGUCAAUGACCAUUAACUGCCAAUCAUCACCUCAUUUGCUUAUUGAAAACAUUGCUAGAAACGUAGGCUGUGAGUAUAAAUCCAUAGCUGUUUGAAUCAUUUUUUGGCAAUAGCUCACAUUCUGUUAAGAGUCAUUUACUUUAAUCAGAGAUUUGAUUUAUUUUUUUUUAUAAGUAGGGAUGGGGCCAAGAUUAUUCCUUUGGCACAGUAGUAAGUGUACUCAAGAUCUUUGCCUGUAAGCUUGAAUAUUUGGCUUAAAUUUUAUACAUAUAAAUAGUGUUAAAGGUAUAUUUGACUACAUUUUGAAAGGAAAAAGGAAGUCCUGUCAAAAUUGACAUUUAGGGAUAUUUUAAUCUAUGUAUUUUGUAAAGUAACAGUGUAUUAUAAAAAUUUAAAGGAAAAAAUUUAAAAGCAAAACAGUCAUAUGAUCAGAUAAAUAGAAUACACCAAAGAUAAAACAAGUCUCUGUUGCAAAUGAAGUCUGUACAGACACUGAGAUAUUUUAAUUUUAUUUACAAAAAAUGUUCAAUGUCUAAUGAUUUCUGUUGUUUGUAUUCUGUACUUUAGAGUAAUAAAAAUAAGCUUUACUAUCUCA